UUUGAUGUCUGUUGCAAUUGGGGCUAUAAUUCAAGAAUGGAUUCAGUGAAUUUGCAAGAAAAUUUCAAGCUAUUCUAUCGUAUUGCUCAAAUUCUUAUUGUACAACUAAAAGAUGAAGACAAAGUCCUGGCUGCCCAAUGGAUGCGCAAAUUGGCCUCCUGCCGUUCUGCUCCAGAUCUGGAACUUCGCAAUCACUACAUGUCACUGCUGCUAAUUGUUCUCCAGCAGAAAUGCUUAGUUGGGCCAUUCAGAACCAUCCCCGGAGCAGGCAGCAAGCUGGAGCCCUUUUCACAAGACUACCAGCUAGCCGAUAUUCGAAAAUUGAUAGUCGAGGAACUUGCGAAAAACCCUCCAUUUCCAAUUCCUCAGUACGCACUGUCGGGUGGUCCGCUGUACACAGAGUUUUCCGUGGCACAAGAGAUUCCAAAAUUUGGUGUGGAAUUUCUAUACGUCUAUACGCUUCAACCCAUUCACGAUUUCCAACAAGCCCAACAGUCGAGAAUUCCCAGGGCAUUGCAGGGUCCAUCGCGAUCCACUAUGAGGGAUUUGAAUGCCGGCAUCGAAAGCUUACUGCGCUCCGAGAAGCAGAAAAUGAAGAUUACUAUUGAUGAAGCUGGCAAAAGGAAGAUUCAAAUUCGCGACGAACAUUUUGCGGACUUUUCUACGGGACCGAGACAACCUCGAAUGAUUCCGAAGAAAUUGCAAAAACGACUUGGUGUAAAAUUACCUGAACCUCAAGCUGAAACGGAUGCGUUUGGUGAAGAGCCCAUUUCCACAACUUCUAGGGCUAGAACAGGGGCAGUUCCCAAGACAAAAACUAUACGACAACCAACAGGACUUCGUCCACCCGGAACAGCGGCACCAAGUGGUCUGAGGGCCCCUGGAAGGGUUCGCCAAACAACCAUUCCAAAGGAGGAAAGCCAACGAGUGAUUCAACAACAUAGAUCUCCGGUCAGACAAACUCGUUCUCCCCUACGGAUUGUACGUCAUCCAGAUGCUCCUCCCACACCACCAAUUUUUGUUUCUGGAGCGCGAACCGCUGGUCUGAUCUAUGAACCGCAACAGUUUGGAAUAGAACCAACCGAGAAAUUUACUUAUCCUAAAACAAAAAUGCUCAAAAUGAAAUGGACUCCAUCAAGGAGAAUAAAACGUCCCCAAGUGAGGGAUAUUGUGAAAGAGCACCCGAUCACGGAACAAAUUCGACAUCUACAACCGGAACCGAGACCACGGAUCGCUACUCCAGAGAUAAUUGAAGAAAUUCGCGAGCAGCAACGACGUGCCCAACUACUCGAGGGAGCAGAUGUCAGAACACGUGGGCUGAUGGAGCAGUACUAUGCCGCGAAGGCUGCCAAACCACGUGUCCUUGAUUUCUCCCAGCAUGAGGAACCCACCGAAAUCGAAAUACAAACGAGUACAUCUCCGAGGCGACCUGGUGCUGGUCUCGUGGUAAGCGAUCGUGAUUACGAGGAAAUCUUCCAACCUUUGCUGCUUGAUGAUAGUCCAAUCGCUCCCGAAGAUCUUCUUGCUGAAGAGGAGUUGGCCUAUGAUGAUAUGUUCGGAGAGGCGGCAUACGUUUCUCCGGUUAGACCAAGAACACCAGCACGAGACAUAUCGUAUGCCGCAGCGCUAACACCCAGGCAGCAAGAGGUAACCCGGGAGUUAAGCCGAAGCAGAAGUGACCUACUGAAAGAUGAGAGCGAGUUUCUGGCAGAUGAAGACAUUGACUUCGCGGACGAUUAUGUUGAGUUUGCUAGCCCUCGGGCAGGUACUCCUCGUACGCCAAUAAGUGCUACAAGAAGAAUAGAGGAAGCUCGCAGAGCGUAUCGUGAAACAAUGGGACGUUCCAGUCCAAAGACUCCCGUGAGAACUCUUCCAAGGCCUGUACUAUCUACACCCAAACCUGCACCCUAUAUCUACAAAUCUCCUGAAAUUUCACCGGGAGGCACAACUGCUCGUCUGAUUGAUAUCAGUCCUGGAACUCCCCAGAGAAUGACUUCGAUAAUGCAUCGAAUCAAUCGGCAGGUGAAAGCACACAACGAAUUGAUCGGAAACAUUUCCGAACAACCGCGUACUCCGUCAGUUGAAAACCUAGCGAUUGAGGUUAAGAAAGGUAAACAGGUGCUUGAAACACUCCGAGGUCGUUUGGAUCGUUUCAGGGAGCAGCAGGUGGUGAAACCGGAAAGUCCACUACAGGAAAAAGCUACAGAGGAAACUGAAGUUCCACUUAGUCCUCUCGGAAUAAAACUUCAGUUACAAAAUCUAUCCGACGUGAUUCAGGAAGCAGUAGAAAACGCACAAGAAUUACAAGACGUUUCGGAGACCAUACAAGAACCCGUUGUCCAACAGGCAGCUGAGCAGAGUUUGAACGUAACUGACGAAUUGCUGAAUAUUUCGAAUCGAAUGAACGAUGUGUGGGAAGAAACUGCUAAACGUCUUGGAGACUCCUCACUAGGACUCAUUGGAGAUGAUGAACUUGGGGAUGACAUUUUUGCGGGCGCUCAAAUGGGAAGUCCUGUGAAGAAUGCAUUGAACCGUAUUGUAGACACCUUAAACAAUUCAGUAGAAGAAAUAAUUGCUGAGGGAGCUAUACCAGGAACACCAGCUUUCGACCAACUGGAGAAGACACUUAAUAACUUCAAACGAGCGCUCCAGCAAAUUGAUUUCGAUGAAUCAUUGCUUGAUACCAGUUUACCAGCUGAAGACCUAUUGAAUGAAACUAUGGAAAAAUUGGAACAAUCACUCCAAUCGGAGGCUGCUGCAGUUGCAGCUGUUUCGAAAUCGCCAGGAAAAGAACAAAUUGUGGAGAAAGGCGAAGCAAUAGUUGAAGAAAUGAGCGAAGUGCUAGAUGAUUUGGUUGCUAUUCAACCAGUCCUUCCCACAGCAUCCGUUCCGUUGACACCAACUCGAAGUGCGAUUGCAUCGCGCUUAGAAAUGUUACGAACAACUCAAAAGCAAACAGUUGAACAGAUCCCUCAAGGAAUAGAACCUGAUGAACUGGUUGACGUUGAAAUUCCCCAGUAUGCACCGUUUACGCUGGAUUGGCCAGAGGAGGAAGAAGAAGUAGAUGAAGUAGAAGAGGAGAAGCUGGACGAAUCCGAUAAGAUUUUGGAUAUAGACGAAAUGGAAAUGGAUGAUUCGUUGUUAGUGGACCAAGCUGAUGAAAUUCCGAAAGAAUUUUUCUCUGCUGCCGUGCCACAGUUUGAACCCGAAAUUUUGGAGGAAUCAUUUAUGAACACUGAUGACAUUUUCGGAGAAGAAUUUGUAGCAACGCCUACCAAAUACACACCAACCUUACUAAGGACUGGAUAUUCGCCUAGAUCGCCAAAGCAUCCCACGCCAAUAGGAGCCGAUACGCGGGAUCAAUUAUUAGAUCUCGUAGAGGAAACGAAGCAACAACAGGAUAGACUGCUUGACGCAAGUAUCGCAAUGAUUCAGAAUGCUGAAGAUACUGCUGCGGUAGCCAAAGGUCAACAAAUAGCACAGCAAAUCUUAAAAUCGCAGGCAGUUUUGGACGAUAUAGUUACCAGUGUUCAAAUUCCCGGUUCACCGUUACGAGAAGAUGAAAGGAAUUUUGCUUGGCUCGGACCUAUGGCGACACAGGGAAGACAAAAGAGACACCAACAACCUCAACCUGCACCUAGUACAAGACAAAUUCAAAGGCCCCAAUCCACGACAUCAAGAAUCGCUCCACCGAAACCGACUGCGAUUAGAAGACCGGUACAAACUACUUCUUCUUUAAGACCGCCGUCAAUUGCUGGAGGAUCCCAACGCGUAGCUCCACGUGGCACACAGGCACCGAGACCAAGGGCAGGAUCAGCCACACCUACUCCUGUAACACGACCCCAAACUGCGCAACCGCAUUCUUCAUCAGUUCGAAGAAUGCUGCCUCGUCCAAGCUCAGCAGCACCUGGUCCCAGUCGGAGAAGAUAAAAACUUUAAAUUUG